AUGUUGCAAGUGCGCUGCAUUGAGAAUUCGCCUCCUUUCGCCUCCCCAAGCUUGUACAAGCUUGUGGCGCACGCAAAUCGCUUCUCACUCGCUCCGUUUUUUUCCGGUUGAACCACAAACCUAUCAUAUGCGAAUUCGAGAUAGACGUAUUGUAGGGCAAUUUUUCUUCGCGAUUGGUUCAUGAUGGGCGUUUCAUACUCGGCAAACCUCUAUAACCUUUCGCCAAAACUAUUCGCCAAAUCCGUCCCAAAAGCCUGGAAGACUUUGUGUCGCGCAGCAGAACGAAUGUUUGGACGGUACUAACAGGUAUUUGCUAGUUUAAUUCAAAAAACCAAUUCCAGAUGUUCUGAAGACCAACGGCACGCUGAUCUCUUUUGUAAACCAACACUGCCUGCAGAACAAGCGCGCGGAAGACGAGAAAUUCUACGACGCUCUCAAAAUUUUCGACUACCUUUUGGGUACGGAAAAUUGUAUUUUUUAAAUGAAACAAAAUGACUAAAAUUUCAGUCAUCGCCUCGCAGCUCUUCCUCGUCCGCAAAAAUAUUUCUCUUUUCAAGGCUCAAAACCGUCAGCAGCAGAUGGUCAGAAUUCAUCAUUUCUUCUUGUUAUUGUUGUUGUUUUACAUGUUCCUGUUAAAAUGUUAAAAACAUGUUGAUCUCUUUUUUCUUAAAGCUUUAUAGGUUUCUGGACCGAAAGUUAUAAUUUUUGUCUAAUUUCAACCAUUUUUCUACAACAAAAAGUUUUAGCUCAAAAUGACAAAUAACGAAGAGAUCGGCACACGUUUUUUGAGCACUCGGAGGUGAGAAAAUUGUUUUUCUGCAGAAACGUUUCAUUCCGCAGACAAAUCCCGCCACCUCCUCCGUAUGAACAGCUUCCGUCGGAUCCGCAGGCGCCGCCCACGCGUCUCAUUCUGGAUAGCCGAUGCUGCCACGUGGACGUGGACGUGCGCACCGCCUUUCUCGUUCAUUCGAUCGUGACGACGUUGCUUCUGAUACCGGUGAUGGUGCUGACGGUGACUUCGAGCUCCGUGGGCGGUCUGCUCGUCGUUCCGUUUAACUACUGCGUUCUGCUGCUCGUCGCCGCCACGUGGAAGAGUAUUCCCGUCCUGCAGACGGUCAAGUUCGUGGCCGUGAGUUUUCUUGAGCCUCGGCUUGGAAAAAUCUAUUUUUUCAGGCGCUGAUGACAAUGAUCGAAGUGAUGAUGGUGUGUGGCGUGCCCGUCGUCGUCUCAUUCAUAGACGCCAAGAAUCGCAUUUUGACAGCCUCCGACGCCCUCCUCUACAUGGUUGUCUUCGAAAUUCCGCUCAUUUUCUGUAUAGCCGGUGUGUAAACACGCUCAUAGAACUAUUAAUAAUUAGAGAAAGAGAAGCAUACCUGAAAUUUGAAUUUGUUGGGAUGUAAACGCAUAAAUUCUAUGUUUUUUUUUCAGUGCACGCCACUCAACUCCGUCUCGUCAUUCAAGUGCUCAAUGUCCGAAAAGCUGAGGAAAGAGCUCGCCAGCUCGCCGCAUCGCUUCCGUUUUAUACUUCAGUCUAUCGUUGUUGAAAACAAACAUUUUACAAUUUUGUUCUGUAUUUUUGCCGGUAUCUAAUUGUAAAACUAACUCUGCCUAUGAAUUUGUGUCAUUUUCACUCAAUUUUAUCUUGCGAAUUCUGGUUUUAUCUCCAGACUUUGUGUCGGCGUUUCUUUGUUGCUAAUUUGAGGGUUUCAGGUAUCGCAAGGCAAAAUGGAGAGGAGAACACGUCGGAUAAGUGAGUUAAAAUCGGGGAAAGUCGCUAGAACUAGGUGAUUUUGUAGGUUCACUGAAGAACCAUCGGCUCCGCCAUUAUCAGAGGCCACGUCCAUUUCUACGGAUCUCGGUAGGCUGGUCGAACAGGCGAGCCUCGCUUUCAUUGUACUUUUCGCUUUUUUGAUGUGAAAUGCAUGUAAUUCAUAUCGGAAACCACGGUCUCCAGAGCUGACAAUAUAUGGGCGUGGCCUCGGCCAAAUGGCGUUUUCAUGAAUUGAGCAGGUUUUCUCUGAUUUUUGUGGUCAAAGGCGAUGAAAAAUGAUUGUUCGACAUGAAAACACAUUAAUUCUCAGAAUUAAUGACGCUUUGGCGCAUUUUUCGCGAAUUUCGCUUUUUCGCCUUCGCCGCCGAUCGCCGCCUAAAAACCGCACUUCUCAUUUUGCGCUUUCUUGACCGUUUUCAGACAGAAUUGGUUUUGAGAAUGAUAAAUCACGUAAAUACAAGCAUUUUGAGCGCUCGAACCGCGAAAAAUACCGAAAAGCAACUGAAAUUCACGCAGUUUUAGCGAAAAUCCUUCAAACGGAUAAAUGUGAUUUGCGACUUGACCAAAUUUAACGCUCUUGCGCUUAAAAAAUUUGUAAUAGCCUAUACAAUCGGUCUAUCGAGAGACAAAUGAGAAAUUAUCGGUUUUUUGUGGCUAAUCUGGCAAAAAACACUAAUUUUGCUGUUAAAAUUUGAAUUUCGCGCCAAUGUAUCGCUCUAUUGGGCUGGGCGCACUUGCCCGCCCAUUGUCAGCUCUGGAGACCGUGGCGCGAAACAAAUAAGUUUCUCGAUUUUUUUAUGGCAUUGUGAAAUGCCACGUAUUGUAUCGCCCCGAAAAAGUGUAGAAUCGAACAUCAUUCAUCACGUUUUGUGAUAAUUUGUUUCAUUUGUAUGUAUAUGGUUCACGUGUGUACGGAACAACUCAAAUUUCCACAUUUUCUUCAUCCGAAAGUAUGCACUCUUCUGUAAUCGUACUCUCACUUUCUGCCAUCGCAAUAUUGACGUUUUGCGACAAAUUGUCUGUUCAAGAGAACGAGCAUUUGUACAAAACGUGUGGGCUCGUGAAAGGUGAGUAAACAAACAAACAGACACAUAAAAAAUCUGAAGAGAAACCAAUUCAGAAGAUCAAAUGCAUGCUGUGUGGGCUGUGGAGGUGUAUUACGCGUUGAAUGGCACGGAAAGUCGGGCGGGCGGAACACUGAUCACCCGGCGUCACGUCAUCUUCGAUUCGAACUCUCUGAACGGCUGGCUAUCUGACAAAUAUCAGUCGGUUUGCACGAAUGACACACGCUUUGUGGCGCUCGGAAGGAGUGCAUCAGUCACUGUGAGAUGGUAUCUGAAUAGAACUUCCAAAAGUUUUGUCGCAACUCCCAGUAAAGAAGUGAGUACUGAAAUGUGUACUUUCGGUGAUUGAUACAAAUGAGGAAAAGUUGCAGAUGUGGUUCCUGAACAAUUGUGCAAUGUUGGAUGCUCGAGAGGGUCUGGUGCUCAUGGAGCUGAAUGAAAGUUUGCCGAUCACACCGAUUUGUCUGCCAUGUUCGUACUUACAAACUAUCAUUUUCUAGGCUAACGGCUACAAAUCUACCUACAGAUUACGGAUCAAUUUACCUGCACGAUCACGCUCAAUUCCAAGUGUUCGGCAUAAGAUCAGGAAAACGGACUGCCCGAUUGGAAGUUGUGCCUUGUGCCAACUACACUACCACGUACAUUUGUCAACAUGGAUUUGAUCAGAACGAGAAAGAGUUUGUCGGUUCGUCCAUGUCGAAGAGAUUGCUCAACCGCUGGAUCACUUUUGCCAUUUUCGCUGGAGGUACUCUACUUUUGAUUUUUUUUUCUCAAAUUUUCGCUCAGCAAACAUUGUUUUGAAGGAAAAUUUGUGCGAAUGACGGAUCACUUGGAUUCGAUCGAUAAAUUGAUUGGCGUCAAACCAAUUCCGCCGGCGUCAACGACCUCAAAUCGGACUCAAAUCGGAGAACGCGAAAAAUGA